UCCGGAAAAAUCCAUUCCAUAUGUUGGGCCAAAAAUGUUUCUAACAAACAACAGUAAUGAGAUAAACGUUCAAAAUAAAAUCGUGGAUAUUGGUCAGAAACCAAUUCAAUCAACAAUAACAUCGUCUCAGCAGGACAUUUUACGAAAUAAUACGCCACGAACCAGCCGUUCAUCAUCGUCUAGCAGCGCUUCGUCUACCAGUUCCUCCUCUUCUUCAAGUAGAUCAUCAUCGACAUCCUCCGUGUCCAAGAGCUCUUCUCGCAAGAGUAAUUCAAACUCGUAUUCUAUCGUAGAUGGGCCGUCAACAUCUAAAUGUACAGGAGAAAAUAUCAAGUUCCAGGGCAUCCAGAGACAACGAUGAGCCUGUUGCAGAAGAAACAAGACCUUCCAGGAAACGUGCCAGAGAUCCGUCAAGAUGGAAGCAUAAUGUAGCAAAAAGAUUGAGAAAUACAGGUAAAUCUUACGUCUCGUCCAUUACAAAAAAGGAAGUUCCUGCCCGUACCAUCAAAGGUGCGUGUAAUUGUAAACGUAAGUGUUUCGAAAAUGUUAAUGAUUCUGAAAGACAGUCCUUGUUUGACAGUUAUUGGUCUAUAGGUGAUGUGGAUUUACAAAGGUCUUAUAUACGAUCUUGCAUGAUGGAGAUUAAACCACAGUACCAAUAUUCGAAUGCCGAAAAGCCUAGAUUACCAAAUCAUGCAUUUUACUUUAAAGUAAACAGUAGUAAAAUUCGUGUUUGUAAGCCCUUUUAUAUUAACACGCUCGGAAUAAGCGAUCGUCAAAUCAGAACCGUGAA